AUGCAGAUGGUUCUUGUGGGUGCUUUAGCCCUGUAUUUUUCACAGCUGAUCAUUUCACCUUACAUUUGGGUUCUUUUAUUGUCAUAUCUUAUAUGUGGUCUUUCUUUCAGCUAUUCCCUUCAGCAAACUCAAGCUUUUUGUACAUUUCCAUUUCAACAAAUGAUGGCUGAAGCUCCUAAUAUGGUGGUUAUGAACGAACAGCAAAUGCCAAGAGAAGUUCCAGACCCAGCUCCUCUUCAGGAACCCAUACAAGAGACCCCAAAAAGGAAAAGAAAACCCAGAACAAUGGAACCAAAGAAACCAGUGGAACCCAAAAAACCCACCGAGGCCAAAAAAUCUGGCAAGUCCACAAAAUCGAAAGAAAAGCAAGAAAAAAUUACAGAUACAUUUAAAGUGAAAAGAAAAGUAGACCGUUUUAAUGGUGUUUCAGAGGCUGAACUUUUGACCAAGACUCUCCCGGACAUUUUGACCUUCAAUCUGGACAUUGUGAUUAUUGGCAUAAACCCAGGACUGAUGGCUGCUUACAAAGGGCAUCAUUACCCUGGACCUGGAAACCAUUUUUGGAAGUGCCUGUUUAUGUCAGGGCUGAGUGAGGUCCAACUGAACCAUAUGGAUGAUCACACUUUACCAGGAAAGUAUGGUAUUGGAUUUACUAAUAUGGUGGAAAGGACAACACCAGGCAGCAAGGAUCUUUCCAGUAAAGAAUUUCGUGAAGGAGGACGUAUUCUAGUGCAGAAAUUACAGAAAUAUCAACCACGAAUAGCAGUGUUUAAUGGAAAAUGUAUUUAUGAAAUUUUUAGUAAAGAAGUUUUUGGAGUAAAGGUUAAGAACUUAGAAUUUGGGCUUCAGCCCCACAAGAUCCCAGACACAGAAACUCUCUGCUAUGUUAUGCCAUCAUCCAGUGCAAGAUGUGCUCAGUUUCCUCGAGCCCAGGACAAAGUUCAUUACUACAUUAAGCUGAAAGACUUAAGAGAUCAAUUGAAAGGCAUUGAACGAAACACAGACGUUCAAGAGGUGCAAUAUACAUUUGAUCUACAGCUAGCCCAAGAGGAUGCAAAGAAGAUGGCUGUUAAGGAAGAAAAAUAUGAUCCAGGUUAUGAAGCAGCAUAUGGAGGUUCUUAUGCUGAAAAUCUGUGCAAUAGUGAACCUUGCAGCUUCUCUUCAAAUGGCCUAACAGCUGACAGUGGAGAAUCAACUUUGAGUGACAUUCCAAAUGGGCAGUGGAUGACCCAGUCAUUUACAGACCAGCUUCCUUCCUUCAGUAACCAUUGUGGGACACAAGAACAGGAAGAAGGAAACCAUGCUUAAGAAUGGUGUCUCUCAGCUCUGCUUAAAUGCUGCAGUUUUAAUGCAGUUAUCAAGAAGCGGCCCUCAGUUUGCUAACUGAAGUGUUUUAUUUGUAUUUUACUCUGGCAAUGUAAUCAAAGUACAGUUGUGUGGUAGAAUCAACUGUAUGAACCUAAGUAGUUUGGAAGGAAAAAGUAGGGUUUUUUUGUAUAUGAGUUUUUAUAUUUGAAUUAACUAUCAUUCCAGCUUUUUAUAAACUGUAUUUCAUUUGUGAAGAAAUUGAUUUUCUUUUGGGAGUCACUUUUAUGUAAUUUUAAAAUGCAAAGGUCUGGAUAUUUAUACUUGAUUAUUAACUGUAUGUAAACCUAGAUACACCAUUACCCCUUUUAUGCCUAAGAAGGGCAUGCUAAUAUUAAGAAUUACCACUGGGAAAGAGGCCAGUGUGAAGUAACUCUGAGUGGAGUCUCAUGAGGUAGUUCUCAGUGGUGUUGGGUGAGUUCCCUGAGUCGUGUUCAUACCCAGACCUCUUUGCCUUCCCUGUGGGAAGCAUUUGUGAGAACUGCUUAGGAGUGGAAACAGAGUGUGGCCUUGCAGCAGCGGGCGAACCUGGCCUUAACUGAUGGGCGCUGAGCCCUGGCUUGGCCUGCUUGCGCUGUGUGUGCAUCCUCUAGUAGGCAGAAACUACUCUCCUGGAAGGGCAACUUCCAGACAAUGCAGUGUAUCUUUUAAAUUUUGUUACUUCAUCUGUGUUUUACUUGAGAGACAUACAUUUGAUAGGGGAGGAACUGAAUUUCUCUCUCAAUAUCUAUCACCAUUCUAAUUUUAUCUUCCUUGGCUUUAAGGAUGUAACAUGGAAAUGGUGAGAAGUGAACUUUCAGGCUGAGCAACAAGAUGCUGAAGGUGUUUGAUAAUCUUAUUUAAACUGGUGCUUUAUGUACAUGAGAUGUACUAAAAUAAUACAUCAUUUUUCUUGCUAGGUAAAUCUAAGUCAAUAAUUUAUAAAAUUCUGUGCACCAUUGCUGUUUGUUACUGUGGACUAAGUGAACCUUAUGACAAGGUUAGUUUGAAGUAAUAUACCUUUGUGAUUUCUAACGCACUUCCCGUGGUGCUACAAAUAGUCCAGACUACUAGGCUUGGUAGAUAUUAAAGCUGGAUAUUCAGAAAUGCCAUUUGCAUUUACUCUUGAUGAUUUCUGAAUAUUCUGAUUUCAUACUUAAUCCAGGGAGCAUGCUAUUUUUCUAUAUGAAAAUAUUUAUGAGGUUUUUCUUUUUUUUUUUUUCUAAAAGGUUAUAUGACCUGUUCUUCUCUUUAUAGUAAGAGAAACAAAUUCUUGUGACUCUUAACCUUUUAUCUGUGGCUACGAUGGAUUUUAUUUUUCCUUUAGGUAAAGCUGUGUAAAAGUCAUUCAUGUUAUUUAAAUCAUGUACUGUACUGCUGUUUACAUGGAUGUUUUGUGCAGGUGCUUUGAAGUGCCUUGCAUCAGGGAGUAGGAACAAUUAAAUUAUUUUUUCAUGAGACUAUGUAAAGCAUGUAACUAGGUAAUUGCUUUGGCAUAUAAAGAUUGUAACCUUACAAUCGAUUGUUUUUUUGAGUGGAGAAUAUACUCUUGAAUUUAUGAUGGAUGUUCACUAGAGAAUGGUUUUGAGGAUUUUCCAAGCAUGCAACAGUGGUGUUUUCAUUAAAUAUGACAGGUGCAUCAUAAAUGUUGGUAAUAUCCUAUACAUGACAAGAUGAGACUUUUUCAUUAAAUAAUAUUGAAAAAGUUUUUUAAUUCAUUUGAAAGUCUGAUGAAUUUUACAAUAAAAAAUACUAAGAAUGAUCAUCCUUAA